GUUUGUUGUUUUGCAUCUUUCGUGUUUUGGAUCAACAGUUUCGUCAUCGGCGCUGUUCGUAAAAAGAAAAAUCUCUGUGCUUAUGGUGAAAUAUUUAUUUACAUUACCAAGUCGACGACCUUGUCUGGUGCAUCGAAUUUAAUUCUGCUGAGUGAACGCCGGUGACCAAUUCGCCGUAUGCACUUUGAGUGGUAUCUUUGCAAGAAGAGGCGAAUCGGAAGGGAAAAAUCCCCACAGGAAGGAUACUGAUAAGAAGCAAAAUAGCGACGUGAAUAGAUGAUGAAUCAACAAAUUGCGAGGAGAUUAUCUUAAAAAUCGGACUGUUUUAUUAGGCGGCUGAAAAGUGAAGCAAUGUCGUCGUGGGAAUUCUCCUGGACGGACGUUUGUCCCUCCGGAUUGCGUCCCUGGGUGAAGGAUUACAAUGAUUUGGCCCCGUGCUUCCAGGAGAUAUGCCUCCAGCUCCCGAUGCUGGUUCUGUUUGCCGUGCUUUCGUCUUACUACUACGGAUCGCACUUCCGGUUGGUGUUCCGCAACGGGGUCCAGCUGCGAUCGAUUCGGGUUCGGAUUGCUGCUUCCAUCGCCCUGGGAUUGAUUCCGGUGCUGAAGAUAUUCUACGUGUUGAGAGUGCACGGAAGGAUCUAUCCGAUCGAUGUGUUGCUGUCGUGUGUGCAAUUUGUGGCUUGGACGGUUCACGUUGGAUUUCUGGUCAGUUCGAUUAGGCGAGGAUCGUUGAGUCAUCGGGGGCCGUUGGCCAUUAUUGUGCUGUGGACGUCGCUGCUGGCGUUGACGGGGAUCUGGGUGCACACGAACAUCAAUUCCGAUUACUGGCUUUGGUACGUGGCGGAUUUGGUGGUAUUCAUAAGCUACGGCUCGACGCUGAUUGCCCCGGGAAAUGCCCAUUACAUUAGAGUUCAGCGAACGGCCGAUGAGGAACGGCAGGCCCUUUUAUCGCACACGUACACGCGAUUCCUGGAAGAUGUGGACGAAUCGGCCUUGGGCCCAAUUCAGGAUGAUGCCAAUUUCCUAUCUAAGAUGGUCUUCUACUGGGUAAGACCACUCAUUACCAAGGGAAUGGCUGGCAAGCUGCGCAAGAAUGACGAUUUGUUUGACUUACCGGAAUGUUUGAACAUGAAUCUGGUAGUGGAGAAGCUUCAGAAGCAACUGAAUGCGGUGGGAUCUCUAUUCAAAGCGCUGCAUCGAAGCUUUGGUUGGGAAUUCUACCUGAUCGGGAUCCUCCGACUGCUAGCUGAUCUCUCCGGCUUUGCUGGACCUGUGCUCCUGGGAGGACUUCUGCGUAGCGAAAACUUCAACGGGAAUGGAACCGUCCCUGGUGAUGAUUGCAACAACUGCAAUGCCAUUGACUUCCGUCCUUACUACUACGCCCUGGGACUGCUCCUAACCACUCUGAUCAGUUGCUUCGCGGGCGUCCACUUCAAUUGGCGAAUGACUCUGGUGAGCACUAAAAUGCGCAUGAGCCUGGUGACCGCAAUCUACAGGAAAUCUCUCGUAGCCAAAGGCCUGCAAACCGCCCGGCCAGAAAUACUGAAUCUCAUGUCAACCGACACCGAUCGGAUCGUGAAUUCCUGCAUCAGCUUCCACUCGUUCUGGAGUAUCCCCUUCCAGCUGUUCACAACCCUCUACCUCCUGUACACCCAACUGGGCCUAGCCUUCCUUGCCGGGGUGAUCUUCGCCGUUAUCCUGAUUCCCAUCAACCGGAAAAUAGCGAUGAAGAUCGGUCAGCUCUCGCAGGGACUGAUGACGGCCAAAGACGGCCGCAUUGCCAUCACGACGGAAACCAUCUCCGGGGCGAAGCACAUCAAAAUGAACGCCUGGGAGGAUGUGUUCAUCGGAAAGAUCGAACGGAUUCGGCGUGAGGAGGUCGGCUUCCUGUCGCGGCGGAAAUAUCUGGACGCCCUGUGUGUCUACUUUUGGGCCACGACGCCGGUAUUGAUGUGUCUGCUCACUUUCGGAACGUCGGUACUGUUGGGGAGCACUCUGACCGCAGCUACGACCUACACCAGUGUGGCGCUGCUGAACAUGCUGAUCGGACCGCUGAAUGCGUUCCCGUGGGUGUUGAACGGACUCGCCGAAGCGUGGGUGUCGCUGAAGCGUGUGCAGGAAUUGAUUGAUCUCCCCAACAUCAACUUCGCCGAGUACUACAAACCGCUCCACCAGACGGAGACGGCAUUUUCCGAGGCCUCACGUCGACCGGUCGUGAUUGCCAUCAAGGACGGUCACUUUGAAUUCGACGUGCAACGCAGCCGAAAAGAACUGGGCCUAAUCCAGGAGGACAUUGUCGAUUUCCGUUUCCACAACCUAAACCUCCAGAUCCGCCAGGGAGAACUUGUCUGUUUGGAAGGCCCCGUGGGAGCCGGGAAAACUUCCCUGUUGGAAGUGAUCUUGGCGAACUUCAAAUGCACCCAAGGCGUGGUGGCCAUCUCGAACGUUGACGAGGGCUUCGGAUAUGUGGCCCAGUCGUCGUGGCUCCAACGGGGAACCAUCCGAGAGAACAUCCUGUGGGGAGAAAUGUACGACGAUGCACGAUACAAGGCGGUCAUUCAUGCCUGUGCCUUGAGCUAUGAUCUGAACCUACUGAAAGGGGACAGUACUGGAGUGGGCGAACAGGGCAGGACGCUAUCCGGAGGUCAGAGAGCUAGAAUUGCCCUCGCAAGAGCCAUCUAUCAGAAUAAGGAAAUCUAUCUGUUGGAUGACAUCCUAUCAGCGCUCGACGCCCACGUGGCCUCACACAUUGUACGCCAUUGUAUAUUUGACCUACUCAAAGACAAAACCCGAAUCAUCGUGAGUCAACAUCCGGUGGUGAUGAAUCGGGCCAAUCAGAUUCUCCACGUGGAAAAUGGUGUGGUCAGUCAAAGCGACAUCACCGCUUCCGGAUCGAUGAUCAGUGACAUUGAGGACGACGGAGAAGAUCUCUCGCCAACGGUCAACAUGGAAUACGAACCGGGAAACACUGCGCGCAAGGACGACGAUAGUCACAGUUUGGAUAGCGUGAUGGCCGAAGAAAGCAGAGAGUUCGGUCAUUUAGAUCGAAACGUUUUGGGGUCUUAUUGGCGGGCGGCUGGACGAUCGCUAGGAUUCUGGGUCAUAGUUUCGGUGCUGUUGAUGCAAGUGUCGCGCAAUCUGUCCGACGCUUGGUUGGCUUAUUGGGUGGGAGCUUCCUCGCCGGAACCGGUUCUGCCAAACAAUGGCACAACCAAUGGAACCGUGGUGGAUUUCUGGAGUUUUGAUUCGUUCCAAAGCGUUUUCAGCAUGAUUAGAGAUUUCGUGUCUUCUUGGACGCAAGGAGUAGACCACGGAUCGCUGCUGGCGGAGGAAUUGCAGCUGGAAGCACUGCAGACAGAUAACAGGACCCUCACGCUGUACUAUCUGGGCAUUUACAGUGCGCUGGCCAUCGGAAAUUCUUUGAUAACGUUGGUUCGGGCGUUUCUGUUUGCCUACGCUGGGAUCAAGGCGGCCAAGUGCAUUCACGAUAAACUGCUGAACAGUGUGAUUUUUACCAAGUUCCAAUUCUUCGACGUCGCGCCGCUUGGUCGCAUCCUGAAUCGCUUCUCGUCGGACGUCUACACCAUCGACGACUCGCUCCCGUUUAUCCUGAACAUUCUGCUGGCCCAGUUUUUCGGUCUAAUGGGUGCCCUCGCCAUCAGCUUGUACGCAAUGCCUUGGCUGGGAUUGCUCAUAAUCCCUCUGUGCCCGAUCUACCUAACGCUUCAGAACCAAUACCGAUACGCAUCGAGGGACAUCAAGCGACUGUCCAGCAAUGCCCUGUCGCCGUUGUAUGCUCAUUUUACAGAGACACUUCAGGGGAUGGCCACGAUUCGUGCGAUGCGCGGCGAAGCUCGCUUCAAGAAAAACUUCCUAUUCAAAUUGGAAGAAAGUAUAAAAGCUCAAUUGUCGUCGUCUGCUGCCCAACAGUGGCUCGGAUUGAGGUUGCAGUUGUUGGGAGCGUUUCUGGUCGGAGGAGCUGGAUUGUUGGCGGCCAUAACAUCUGCUCAUCUCACGUCUCCCGAAAUGGUUGGAUUAACGAUUUCGUAUGCCCUGUCCAUAACGGGGCUAUUGUCCGGAUUGUUGAACGCGGUUUCGGAAUCCGAACAGGAGUUUGUCGCCGUUGAAAGAGUAAACCAGUACUGUGAGCUCGACAAGGAAGUCAACUACGAAGGAUCGGCGGAUCCUCCAUUUGGGUGGCCUUAUCAAGGAGUGGUCAUCUUUGAGAACGUCCAUCUCAAGUACCGAGAACACUUACCUUUGUCAUUACGGGGCAUUUCGAUGCACAUUACUUCCUGUGAGAGAAUCGGACUUGUCGGCAGAACGGGAGCAGGUAAGAGUUCCAUUUUAGCUUCUAUAAUGAGAGUGGCUCCCCUCGAGAGGGGAACCAUUACCAUCGAUUGCGUUAACAUCGCCACGCUCCCGUUGGACGUAUUGCGUAGUCGGAUUGCAGUAGUGUCACAAGAUCCGUUCCUAUUCAAUGGGACCAUCCGGGAGAAUCUCGAUCCUCGAGGGCUGCACCUGGACUCGGAGAUCUGGGAGGCCAUCACUUGCUGCUUGGCGAGUCCUCUCGUGCAAGCUCUCGGGGGUCUCAACGCUAAGCUGGAUCCCAGUGGAUCCAACCUGUCUGCUGGUCAGAAACAGUUACUAUGCCUUACGCGAGCACUACUUAAAAAAUCCAAAAUCGUCCUCAUCGACGAGGGAACUGCAAAUCUAGACUACGAGGCGGAAUCCGCCAUACAGCUUGUGCUCAAAAAUGCCUUCCGCGGAAGAACUGUUAUCCUAAUUGCUCACCGACUGAAUGGACUGCAGAACACGGAACGAAUAAUUGUGAUGAAAGAUGGCGAAAUAGCCGAACAGGGAACUCCGCGAGAACUUGCCCUAAACGAGGACACAUUAUUCCACUCAAUGCUGCAGGAGCAGCAAAAUACAACCUUUGCCAAGUUGUAAUCCUGAUCCUAAUCCUAGUCCGCAUCACGUAUGAAAUUUUCUCGGAUUGAUACGUUUCCUUAUGAUAUCAACUAGCGCAUCUGCCUUAGGCUUUCGUUUUCUGGGAAAAACUAUUUUUUCCAAUAAUUCUGCUUUUUAGUUAGAAACCAAAUCAUUCGGAAAAUAGGUUCUAGUUUUACUUCUUGAUAAGAGUACAUAGUUUUAGAAUGUUCCUUAAGAAUAAAUAGUUAAACAUCUUA